AUGGGGAACAUGUCCUCUUGCAUCCACCCGCCGCAACCCGACACGGCGAAGCUCGUCGAUCUCCGCCGGAAAACCGUCCGACGAGUCGCCGUCCCCACCGCCGCCGCCGAGCUGAUGCUCGAGGAUCCCGGCCACGUCAUCUCGCCGCUUGACGGCUUCCGAUUGUCGGCUAUGAAGGCCGACGAGAGUUUGGACGGAGGUAGGGUUUACGUGCUGGUCCCCGUUUGUAGAGCCAACGGGAAGCUUUCCGAGUCCGAAAUGGGAGAAAUCGAGUCGGUUUGCGGUAAAAAGGGGCGGAGACGACGUGAUUCGAAGGUGGUGCCGGAGGUUUCCGGCGAUUGUGGUGGUGAUUUUGUUGGGAAUCUGAAUCAGUGUAGAGUUAGACAGUGGAAGCCUGCUUUGGAACCUAUCUAUGAGGGGAUGUAA